AUGCCCCAGAUGUACAAUAUGCCUCCGUACAAUAUGUCUCCUCCCAUCAACAACUUCGCGCACCAGAGUGGUUAUUUCGGAUCCGCUGCUCCACCACCAACGGCGCAACAAGACACCACUUCUGAAUAUCCGCUGCACCAGAAUGAAACGGAAGCCCACACAUUCUACCCAGUGGGCCGCACAACUUCUCAUGGCUCAGCAUUGAGCCUACCCCCACCCGAGUCGCCAAAUGCUUUGUACAUGCACGUGCUGGGACCACGGAUGCAAUGGACGCCAGUUCUCGACCUUUUCGAACUUGCUACGCCACCAAAGAGAGAAAAGUGGUAG